AUGUGCAGUAAAAGAAAAGAAGCAUUAGGCUCAUUGUUUAUUGCCAACAAUAAGCCAUCACUAGAGAUACAUAACAAUGGCCGAGCACACAAGGAAGCAGUAGAACGAUUCCUACGAGGAGUGUAUAAGGAUGGACAAUUGAAGAAAGAGGAAGAAGAGGAAAAAAUGCGGGAGCUGCAACGGAUUGAAAAGGCUGCCGUACAAUCAUUUAUUCACAAAGGUGAUCGUGGAUCGCUAUCGUCAACAUCUUCAGUAUCGGACUAUUCACGUCGAUCGAGGCAGUAUCCAGUAGCAACGUCAUCAGCCACACCCACACCUCCACCACCUACGCUUGAAGAGCUUCAAGGAAAGGCACCCGCCAUCCCACAGAAUUUACAAGGUCGAGAUGAAUGGGCGAUACCAGCAGCUAUAGCCGAACCUGGUCAAUGGCAAACCAUGUUACCUGCCGAGAAGAAAUCUGACAACAAACCAGAAAAGAAGGAUGCGACAGCAGCAACAUCUCGUGAUGUACCACCUGAAUUCCAAGACGACGAACAGGAAGAUGAAGAGGAUCUACGUAAUUUCAAAAUACGAGAGAAAGAAUAUCCAGUGGAUGCCUUAGUGGAUGAUGGCGAUGACGACAAGAAGAAGGAUACUGGUGGUGCUAUGUUUAAGAAACGUAAACUUGGGAAGGAGGGAAGCAAAAGGAAGAUUCGGCGAAAAACAGAGGAUAAUGAUUAG